GCUUCAGCCAGGCGGCUCCGGCCUCCUUGGCUCCCCUCUCCCGCCCUCUCCACGCCCCAUCACACACACUUAAUACCCACUCUGGACUUUGGCCUUUGCCACAGCUAGUGGGGAAGACCGGGAACAAAGUCUUUAAACAGCAGCAAGAGAAGCAGUGUGGCACGUUGUGGUACUGCCAGCUUUCUGCAGAAGGGACUUAGGUGAUCGCCUGCAGGUCACCUGGGCCCAGCAUGUGGCUGCUUCUGCUGCUGGGUGCCUUGCUCUGGGCAGUGCUGUGGUGGCUCAGGGAUCGGCAGAGCCUGCCCCCCAGCGAUGCCUUCGUCUUCAUCACCGGCUGCGACUCGGGCUUUGGGCGCCUUCUGGCACUGCGCUUGGACCAGAGGGGCUUCCGAGUGCUAGCCGGCUGCCUGACCCCCUCAGGGGCUGAGAACCUACAGCAGAUGGCUUCCUCCCGCCUCCACACCACCCUGCUGGACGUGACUGACCCCCACAGUGUCCAGCAGGCAGCCAAGUGGGCAGAGACACAUGUUCAAGAAGCAGGCGAGUACGGGCUUUUUGGUCUGGUGAAUAAUGCUGGCAUCGCUGGCAUUAUCGGGCCUACACCGUGGCUGACACGAGAUGAUUUCCACCGGGUGCUAAAUGUGAACACACUGGGUGCCAUCGAGGUCACCCUUGCCCUGCUGCCCCUGCUACAGCAGGCCCGGGGCCGAGUGGUGAACAUCACCAGUGUCCUGGGUCGCCUGGCAGCCAAUGGUGGAGGCUACUGUGUCUCCAAAUUUGGUCUGGAGGCCUUCUCUGAUAGUCUGAGGCGAGACGUGGCUCCUUUUGGGGUCCGAGUCUCCAUCGUGGAACCUGGCUUCUUCAGAACCCCUGCAACCACCUUGGAAACUCUGGAGGCCUCCCUGAGGGCCUGCUGGGCCCAGCUACCUCCAGCUACACAGGCCCGCUACGGGGAGGCCUUCCUCACCACAUACCUCAAAGUGCAGCGACGCAUCAUGAGCCUCAUCUGUGACCCAGACCUCACCAAGGUGAGCAGAUGUCUGGAGCACGCCUUGACUGCUCGUCAUCCUCGAACCCGCUAUAGCCCAGGCUGGGAUGCCAAGCUCCUCUGGCUGCCCGCCUCCUAUCUGCCAGCCUGCCUGGUGGAUGCUCUGCUCACCUGGGUCCUUCCCAAGCCCGCCCAGACAGUCCACUGAAGCCAGACUUCCAACAAGAGACUGGUUUUCAAAGGCAGCCACUUCUAUUUCUGUCCCCUUCCUGGUUCUGCCUAAUGCCUGGCACAAAAGAGGCACUCAAAAAAUGUGCAUCGUUUAAAAGAAAAGAUGCUCAAUGAAAAACUGUUCUACUGUGUUGACCAACAUCUCUCUCCAGUUUUAAUAGCUAACCUGUAAAAACAGCCAACGCCCACUAGGGGGUGAUAGGAACCCCCUCACAUUUAUAGAUGGUCUUUGGAGCUGUACCUGGAGUGACCACCAGAGGGAAGCCUUUCCCUUCGAUAAGGAUACAAUUGUGUUUGCCUGAUCUAAUUUUCAUGUGGGAAGAGGAAAGGUGAAGAUGAAUCUUAAGCUGUAUCCAGGACUGGAAAUAUAUGUGGCUUAGUGGUAGAGUGCUCGCCUAGCAUGCAUAAAACCCUAGGUUCAAGUCCUCAGUACCACACAAACAGAAAAGGCAGGAAG